CUACCGACUUUCUGCUCCGUUGAUAUCAAAGUGAAAGACUUGCAGGGGAUCUAAAUCUUGAACAGGAUUUCUCGUGCUGACAAAGUCGUCCUAUUCGAUAAGAGAUGGAGUAACCUUAACCUCUUCAUUCGUAAUUGGGAAGAUACACAUCACGUAUGGACAGCGUCAUUUCAUGAAACACAAGACCGCAAUGUGCAAGUAAUAUCCACAAUUCCGAUGAAAAUCGACCUCUUCGAGAAAAUAUGAGUGCAUUCGACGCAUCGUUCAUCAUCUUUCAACUUUAUUCCGCGACUCGUCUAACGCGUUGCGAGAGGAACUGAAACGAGAACCGGUUGGAUGUGUUUACAUCAACGAUAAGUGGUGAAUGGGAAUGUAAACGAUGUUGCAAACUCUACGCGAGCGUUCUCAGAAGCGCAAGAAACUCUUGGCCCAAACGCUGGGAGUUUCCAGUGUAGACGAGCUGAGGCAAAUCUUAGGAACGGAUGUGGAGGAAUCACAGAGAAAGAGAGGGAAGCAGUUCAAUGACAAGUCUGAUAAUACGAUCAAGGAUUUGAAAGAUGACGCUGCACCAACGGAUGAAAUUGUAUAUAAAGACUCCUCGACCUUCUUGAAAGGAACCCAAUCGUCUAAUCCUCAUAAUGACUAUUGUCAACACUUCAUUGACACUGGCCAACGACCGCAGAAUUUUAUCAGGGACGUGGGCUUAGCCGACAGAUUCGAGGAGUAUCCUAAGUUGCGCGAAUUGAUCAAGCUGAAGGACGAUCUGAUCGCGGAGACCGCGACGCCACCAAUGUAUCUAAAAACAGACCUGCUGUCGUAUAACUUGAAAGAGCUCAAUUGUAAAUUUGAUGUCAUUCUUAUAGAGCCACCUUUGGAAGAAUAUCAGAGAACAUGCGGCGCGACCAAUGUGCAACUCUGGAAUUGGGACCAAAUAAUGGAGCUGGAUAUCGGCGAGGUGGCGGCCAACCGGAGCUUCGUGUUCCUCUGGUGCGGUAGCAGCGACGGCCUGGACAUGGGCCGGUUCUGCUUGCGCAAAUGGGGCUUCCGACGUUGCGAGGACAUUUGUUGGAUCCGCACGAAUAUCAACAAUCCGGGCCACAGCAAGAACUUGGACAGCAAGGCGGUAUUGCAGAGGACCAAGGAGCACUGUCUAAUGGGCAUCAAGGGUACAGUGCGGCGCUCCACUGACGGGGACUUCAUCCACGCGAACGUCGACAUCGAUCUCAUCAUAUCCGAGGAGCCCGACUACGGCUCGAUAGAGAAGCCCGUGGAGAUCUUCCACAUAAUCGAGCAUUUCUGCCUCGGCCGAAGACGGUUGCAUCUUUUCGGUCGUGAUAGCACUAUCAGGCCGGGCUGGCUCACCGUUGGCCCGGAACUGACCAACACCAACUUCAACGCGGAUUUGUACCAGAGUUAUUUCGCCAACGGGCAGAUCACCACCGGCUGCACCGAGAGGAUAGAAGCACUUCGACCGAAAUCGCCGCCGCCGAAGGGGAAGGUGUCCGGCCGUGGCAGAGGAGGCUUCAGUCGCGGCAGAGGCAGAGGAAGAUAAAUAAUACUAAAUACUGUGUGUUUGAAUUUUCGAACGUUAUUCAAAUUAUUACUACUUGUAAGAUGAGAACAUAAAUAUAAGAAGAAUCACAGAGCAUGUGCUCAUGA